AGAAUAGAGGGCACUGUUUCUUGGUUUCUUAUUGCACAAUGAAUUGUCACUAGUUUGAGACUGUAGAUCAAGAUCACUAAUAAUUACUCGAGAUACACAUAACUGUCAACAUAAACAAGCGUAUAGUUCACGUCGCGAGGACAAAACCACAUUUCCUGUGAAAUGAUUUUGUUCGGAUAAGACUUCAACAUUGAACAAUAACUCGGUCAUCUAGAUCUGAAAUGACAUUGAUCUUGUAAAAUUAUAAUGUGUACAACAUGAUAUAAGGAUAUAUUAUAAUUAUUACACAACAUACGUGAAAUGGGGAACCAGAUGAGAAAAAAGUUGUCCAAAGAAGACUGCAAAUUUUUAGAAGAGCACACAGAUUUUAAAAAGCCACAUAUCAUGGAUUUUUACAAAGAUUUCAUGAAAAUGAAUCCAGAUGGAAAUAUGAAUUUAGACGAUUUUAAAGACUUUCUGUAUGGAUUUUACAAGGAUAAGAGUACUAACCUCGCAGAACAUUACUUUCGUGCUGCAGAUAAAAAUAAAAGUGGGACGAUUAACUUUACGGAGUUUUUAAUGUUUUUGAACCAUGAGUGUACAUCUAAUCCUGAAGAACGACUCAACUGGAUGUUUGAUUUAUUUGAUAUUGAUGGAAACGGUACAAUAGAGAGACCAGAAAUGAUCAACAUUUAUAAGAUCGCUUUAGAUGUAAAUGAAAAGAAAUCACCCGGGGAUCCAACCCCAGAUGAAAUAGCAGAAAAGAUGUUCGAAUGCUGUGAUAAAAAUAAGGACGACAAAUUAACCAAAGAAGAAUUUAUAACCACUUUUAUGGAAGAUCCUGUGUUAUUUGCAAUAUUUUGUCGAAACACAGACGAGACAGAAGACAAAUAAAACUGUACUCUUGUGAUAUACAUGAAGGAUAUCUGAACUUGCCCAUAAAAAUUGAUUUUAUAAAAGAAAUGUUAUUCUUAUUUCACAGAUUAAAUGAUUCAGGACAAAUGUC